UCUUGGAAGUACCUGAAAGGAGAUGUGGACACCAAGCAUGCCGAUAUAUUGCUCAUCGUCUGUUGCUUCGUGACGGGGCUGUUAGACAGCGGUAUAUUCUGCAACUUUGGCGUCUUCGUGGGAAUGCAGACAGGCAAUACCGUCCUCCUCGGCCUCUCCACGGCCUCCCUCCCCCCCAACCAACCUCACCUCGCCCCCCGAGCCAUCCUCUCCAUCGUCUCGUUCCUGAUCGGCGCCUUCGUAACCGCCAACUUCAUCCGGCUGCUCUCCCGCCAUCUCCUCUCCCGCCCCGGUUCCCGCGCCCCAUCCCGCCCCGCAUCCGUCCACCUCCCCCGCCUCCCCUUACUCCUUGCCCUCCUUUUCCAACUCCUCCUUCUCAUCAUUGCGGGCGCCCUAUGCGCCACUCGCCUCGUCCCUACCGAGGCCCGCGAAGUGCUCAUGGACCCGUCCAGCUACAACCCUCUCUCGCACCCCUCCCCGCUGAGCGAUCUGCGCGUGCUGAUCCCGCUACCGCCCCUUGCGAUGCACUUCGGGAGCCAGGUCGCCAUCUCCCGUGCGCUGGGGGUGUCGGAGAUCCCGACCAGCGUGCUGACGAGUGCGUAUGCGGACCUGAUGGGCGAUCCGGGAUUGUUUGAGACACGGAAUCGGAAGCGGGAUCGGCGGGUGGCGAGCAUGGUGUUACUUUUAGGAGGCGGAAUCGUGGGGGCGUGGCUGCUCCGAGCGGGGAUUCAGGUGGAUGGGCUAAUAUGGGUGGGGGUGGGGGUGAAGGCGGUGGUGCUAUUGGGCGCGUGGGUG